AUGGACAAUCUGACGUCGCUCAAGGCAGCCUUAGUGCUCGCCUCCAGGACCAGACAAGCCGACCCGUACGAUCUCCGCAACCGACAAGAGUACGUGGAAAAACGAAAGGCUUACAUCGACGCCCUCACCGCCCAGAAAGUAAGAGUGAACGCCGGCAUCGCCGCAUCCCCACCCACAGCCACCGAAAAUGAACGAGCGGCAUUGGAUCUCCUCCUCGCAAAGGAGACCCAAGAAUUUCCUGAACUUCCCCUCACCCCACCCGAACCCGCCGAAGCCCAAGUCAGCAUCCCAUCCUCCGCCACCGACAAUCCUAACAUGCGGAUGCUAAACGCGUUAUGGGCGUACCAGCCAGAGGAUGCCGUCAUCCUCGACACGAAGGCAGUGGGCAUCGACAUUGUGCCCGAAUACUUGAACGACGACAAAGUGUCUCCGGAAGCGUUCGUUCAAUCGAUCAACGUCCAACAAGCUAUGCGUAAGCUCACGGACGCUCAAGCGGCGAAGCUGGCCCUUAACAAGCUGCAAAAAGGCAUCCCCGGAGAAUGGUCACGGAGUCUCGCCUUCGACGCCGACCCGGCCGUCCACAACUGGCCACUCCUCCGGCAAGCUUUCAACGUCCGUUUCAGACCGGGACCGAGCUACUCGGACAAAGCGGAGAUAGUCCGCAACAUCAAACAAGGCGAUCUCUCUCCCAACGACUUCUGGGAUCGCACGAGCACCAUCUUCGAGCGUACUUGCGACACGCUCAUCAACCUCGCCGAUCGCCAGGACAACAUUAGCUACCGCAAGUGUCGCGAAUACCUUCGCACACUUUUCUUCGUGAUCGGACUAGAGAAAAGCAUCUGCGACGCGGUCAUCCAAGCAGGUGCCACCAACAAAACGGAGUUGUUGGAAGCAGCCAACGCGGCGUGGCUGACGCAAGGCCGCAAGCGCAAACUCGACCUUGCCAGCAGCGUCGCCGCCGUACAACUACAAGAGACGACGCAGACGGCAGACGAGGACGUAAACGUCAAUGCCGUCACGACCUACUUCCGGGGCAG